AUGGAGAGUUUCACCGCCGAAGAUCUAUCAACAAUUGGAGGAAUCGCCACUGUUUCUCUUCUCCAUUCUUUCAUUCCAACACAUUGGCUUCCUUUCUCCAUUGUUGGGCGUGCCCAGAAAUGGACUCUCUCUAGAACUCUCCUCGUCACUGCAUUUGGGGCAGUUUUGCAUGUGCUAUCUACUUCACUUCUUGGUAUAACAGCAAUCACUAUGGCGAACACUAUUGCUGGUGAAGAAACAGUUCACAAACUUGCUUCACUUUUGCUUAUAAUUCUGGGUGGCUGUUAUAUUAUAUUGUUUCUGACUGGGAAGGGUGGGCAUAGCCAUUCUCAUAACCAGCCUAUGGAGAAAAUGGCUGUUGCAGGGCUCGUCCUUGUUCCUGCAUUGUCUCCUUGUGCAACCACGCUUCCUGUUUUUCUUGCUGUUGGGAAUUCAUCCUCCAUGAUGGUGCUUGCCAUCAUCGUGCUGCUAUUCAGCACAAUAACUGUGAUGACAUCUCUUGUGGCUCUAUCAUUCUACGGUGCCAGCCAACUCAAGUUUCACUGGGUUGAGCGAUACGACAAACUUCUUGUUGGUUCAGUUCUAUGUUUGGUUGGGAUCUUGACCCUUAUGUUUCAUGAUCAUGAUCACGAAGGACAUGGAGGUUCUUCAGGGGAGCAUCUGAAUAGAAAACUCAUUGGGCUUUGA